GAAACUUAUAGUGACAAGAUGGAGCGGAGGAGGAGGACGAGGUGAUCCUCGGAGCAGCCCAGACAUGGCAGUGGCCAGGAGAGUCUUCCAUCUCCAGCCAUGUGAGAGUCCUCCGGCAGCGAUGUCCAGGAAUGGAUACUUCUUUGAAGAGACUGGUUACCUUAAGUGCGACACCGAUGACGGCUGCGACAACAAAGAGGAAGAAGGCGGUGGGGGAGAGGAGCUGUUUGACACGGUCCACUCCUCCAUUGUAUCUGGGGAGAGUAUCCGCUUCUUCGUGAAUGUCAAUCUAGAAGGACCGCAGAGUGCGACAGCAGAAAACGAGUGCCAUGGCUGUGUAUUGCUGCACACAUCAAGAAAAUACCUAAAAUUAAAGAACUUUGAAGAAGAGGUGAGAGCUCAUCGGGACCUGGACGGCUUUCUUGCCAAAGCCAGCAUUAUCCUGGAUGAGACAGCGACCUCUCUGGACGACGUCCUGCGGGAAAUGCUGAAGCACUUUGUGGAAGACCCAGAGAACGCGGAGCCCACCUGCAACUUUGACAAAAUCAUGAGCACUUUAUUCACAGACUCCGGCGCGCCGAGGGAAGGGAAUGUACAUCUGCUUUCUGACACGAUUCAAGGGGUGACUGCCACGACCACGGGCAUCCAGUACCAACAGUCCUGGCUCUGUAUCAUUUGCACUAUAAAGUCACUUCAGAGGCGACACGUUUGCAUCAGCCGACUGGAGAGGCCUCAGAACUGGGGCGAGAACUCGUGUGAAGUGAGGUUCGUCAUUCUCGUCCUGGCUCCACCAAAGAUGAAAAGUACCAAAACGGCAACAGAAGUUGGAAGGACGUUUGCAACCAUGUUUUCAGACAUUGCCUUCCGGCAGAAACUUUUAGAGACCAAAACGGAGGAGGAGUUUAAGGAGGCAUUGGUUCACCAGCGGCACCUCCUGACAGUGGUCAACCGCCAUUCUUCAGUGAACGAUGGCCACAAAGUUCACAGCCACAAACCUCUAAAGCUACAAGAAUUCUUCAAUGUGGGGAAGGGAAUUUUCGAUGACAUUGCACGCAGGCUACCGGUCUACCCUCUGGACUUCACAGACGGUAUUAUCGGAAAUAACAAGGCCAUCGGAAAGUACAUUACAACUAUGAUUUUCUUGUACUUUGCUUGCCUCCUGCCAUCAAUCGCCUUUGGCUCUUUGAAUGAUGAAAACACUCGCGGGGUGAUUGACGUGCAGAAGACGAUUGUGGGUCAGUGCAUCGGGGGGGUGAUAUACGCCCUCUUCUCUGGGCAGCCGCUGGUGGUUUUACUGACGACAGCGCCCCUGGCCUUAUAUGUUAAUGUUAUCCGUGGAAUAUGUGAUGACUACAACCUUGACUUUAAAGCCUUCUACGCCUGGACGGGGCUGUGGAACAGCUGCUUCCUCGUCCUGUACUCUCUGUUCAAUUGUAGCCUGCUCAUGAAGCUCUUCAAGAGGUCGACAGAAGAAAUUAUUGCACUUUUUAUUUCCAUAACAUUUGUGCUUGAUGCACUGAAAGGGAUUAUCAAAAUUUUCAAGAAGUAUUACCUGGAAGCCCCCGGCCCCCAUCUACAUUAUCAUACGGAGUCUUAUGAGUCCCUCCCCAAUGCGACCUUGUCUCCCGUCACCGUAUUCAAUUCCACCCUGAAUGGCUCCAUCCUGCACGGUCACGGCGCAGAUCAGGAGGAUCUACAGCACGGGAAGGAGUCCGCCGUCCUCAGCCUCAUGCUGAUGUUUGGGACUUUAUGGCUUGGGCACACUCUGUAUCAGUUCAAGAAGAGCCCCUACCUGCACUCAAGAGUUCGGGAAAUGCUGUCAGACUGUGCGCUGCCUAUAUCUGUCCUGACCUUCUCCGUGGUGGGGUCGUACUUCUUCCAGGACAUCCGCAUCUCCCAGUUCAAUUACAUUGAAACAGAGAGUCUGUUCGUGCUGGCGCCGAUCGGGUCGCUCUCCAUGGGCUCCAUCACCAGCGCCAUGGGCUUAGGGUUCCUCCUGUCCAUGUUGUUCUUCAUAGAACAGAACAUCGUAGCGUCCCUCACCAACGCACCCGAGAACAGGCUGGUCAAGGGGACGGCGUAUCACUGGGAUCUUCUCCUGGUGGCGCUUAUUAACACCGGACUGUCCGUUUUUGGAAUGCCCUGGAUCCAUGCAGCCUUCCCGCACUCGCCGAUGCACGUACGAGCGCUGGCCAAUGUAGAAGAGAGGGUGGAGCACGGCCACAUCUACGAGACGAUUGUCAGUGUGAAGGAGACGCGUCUGACAUCGCUGGUAGCAAACAUACUGGUGGGCCUCUCCUUCUUCCUCCUGCCCCUUCCCCUCCAGUGGAUCCCCAAACCCGUCCUGUACGGCCUUUUCCUGUACAUCGCCCUGACCUCCAUUGACGGCAGCCAGCUCUUUGAGCGGGUGGCUCUGCUGUUGAAAGAGCAGACUGCGUACCCCCCAACCCAUUACAUCAGAAGAGUCCCCCAGAGGAAGAUUCACUACUUCACGGGGCUCCAGGUCUUGCAGCUUGUUAUCCUAUGUGGCUUCGGCAUGUCGCCUCUCCCUUACAUGAAGAUGAUCUUCCCUCUGAUUAUGAUAGGAAUGAUACCCAUCAGAUACAACCUUCUACCCAAGAUCAUCGAGUCCAAAUACCUGGAUGCUAUGGAUGCCGAGCAUUAGAAAGAGCCUCAAACCAUCCGGAGAUGCGUCCACGUUCUUUAACGAUGGAGGAAACGUAGGGUUUCGUAAUUUUUCAGGGGACGGGUUUGCAUUUUAUUUUUCAUUGUUGCAACUUUUUGGAUUUGUACAAUGACCAAAGUGGAAUCAAGGGGACGCGGAGCUCGACGACCUUAACUGGAAUACCCCAAAGAUGCUCUACAAUGGUCGUGUCCGCUUGUCUCUCAUUUCUGGAUCUGGCCUUCGGCCUAUGUUGAUUGUUUUUGGGGAUUUUCUUUAAGCAUCCUAUAUAUCCCACAAAACCGAAUUCGUAUUUUCGAGUACUUUUCCAGGAUUUAUAGUGGUGAACUGGCCAAAAAGAUGUAUAUUUUUCUCCUUAGGAACCUUGCAAUACUCUUUGAAGUUAAUUUUUUGGCUCUACACCGUUGGAUUGGGGACAUGACUCCAGAGUGCGAGGUCCGUGUUGCCUCCUUAUUAUUUUUUUUAUAAGUCAGGUUGAGAAAUAAAGAACUUUUUACCGAUUUGCGUCACUGCACACAGCAAUGACGAUGUCUGCAGAUCAACCAAAAGUGUUACUGAUGUUUUUGUUUCUUCGUAGGCCUGCCCCUAGAAUGUAAGCUAACUUUUACCCCUUUGGGGCUUUAUGUUUUUGUUUUUUUUAACAUGUAGUUGAAGUAAAGAGGUAUACAAGCUGUCAAAUUUGCACAACAGCGACUUGGCAUUAUGCACAAAUUCACUCAGAUACCAGCACUUUUUUUGUUGUCUUUUUUUUGUUUUUGUGUGUGUGCGUAUGUCUGUGUGCAUCCUGACAAACCUCCAUGCAUACUUGCUCCAUAGCGCAUUGAUAAUGCAUGUUUUAUGUAUAAUGUUUAUACAUCACUAGUGGAAGGUGUCACACUAGAGUUUUUGGGUUUUAUUUUUUAAUAUGACCUCUUUCUGGAAGGCCCAACAGCUUCACGAUGGUGAUGGCAAGCGUUUACUCUUCUCAGUGUAGCGUCGAGGCUUGACGAAGAACAUGGACGACCACACUGUGCUAACCAACAACUGGACUCUGUUGCACUUUCCUACAAGCAUAGGCUUGGCCGUUUGUGCUUCACGCCUGGACCGUCUCCUACGAGACCAUCCAUUUUUGUUUUCUGAAAUCAAAAUGUUGCUCUAGUGACUCCUUUUGCAUCCUGAAGGUCAAGCGUGGUAUCUCAACGACUGGUGGAUCUCGGUAUCCGUAACACUUACGGCUGAUUGUUCUGCUUUGAAUGUAGACCCUGUAGACCCUGGACCAUACCAUCUCACCAAAGAUACGUUUGUAGGCGCCUGUUACACUGAUGUUUUUGUCUGCUUGGAUGCUGAAUAUAGUUAUUUCCUGCAAAAUGCAGGGUCUGUAUUUCGCAACCCUAUACUAAGGUCCUACCGCCUGGAUGAGACUGGCCUCUUGACCGCUCUAGAUUCUGGUGUAUCUGAUGUGAAUUUUGCAUGAUGACUUCAACGUCUGGCUGACGUUCAAAUCGGGUUACGUUUUACCAGAAAGGAUUAUUUUUGUAAAUGCGUACUUGUUGGAUUAAGGACUAAUACCCUCUAUGAUGUUGACAUUUUGUUCUGUUACUCAGUUUGCAGUGGUUUCCUUUGAAUUUAUAGCUUUAUUUUUGUUUUUUCUCCUUUGCAUUGUAUGAAACCCGGUUACUCAAGACAGCAAUUCAUGUUUUUGGGCGAUGAAACAAUCCUGUACCCUCUGACGUUGAGCAUGCUGUGGAUUAUAUGGAUACUAAGUAUCACGAGAAGCACUUGACUGCACAGAAUCUGACAGAGCAAACUAUUCAAAAACAUAUCUGCAAGGGACUUCAUUGAGUCACUUUCACUUUGGUAGAAGUUGACCUUGACCAUGUUGUCCAUACGUUUUUUUUGUGUGUGUGUUCUUUAUGUUGUGACCUCAGAUGAAUCCAUCUAUACCGGUUCCUGUAGUCACGACACUGUGAUGGAGAACGGUUUCUUGCCAUUCAUCCCUUCGAAGCUGUGCAAGUCCUUACCAGUACAGUGCAUGCUCGAUUUCAGAUGGGGACCUAUAUAUAUAUGUAUACAGUAUAUACUACAUAAGUGCUGCUUUAAGUCUACCGUUUGCUUUGAGCGGGUAAAUUUUUGUAAAUAUUUGAGAUGUCUGGAAUCAAAGAGAACAAAGCACCGAAGAAAAAUUCUAUUAAUAAACGAUGGUUUAAACAAGA